AUAAAUCGCAAUGGAAUCUCCAGAUAGCGAUGAAGCACGUAAGAUUCCGGUAACUUUGGUUACAGGAUUUUUAGGCAGCGGGAAGACAACAUUUAUUCAACGGCUUCUGAAGGAGAACCAUGGUUUGCGUAUAGCUGUACUUCAGAAUGAGUUUUCUUCGGAAAUGGGCAUUGAGAAGCCUGUAUUAGUUGCUGGCGGCGCUUCUGUUUUUGAAUUGCCAAAUGGUUGUCUUUGUUGCAGCCUUAAGGAUGGCAUUGUGGAUGCUGUGGAGUCAAUUUUACAAUAUCGUUGUGACUUCGAUUGGCUUGUGGUAGAAGCUGCAGGUAAUGUGGAUCCAUUAGAGCUCUCUUCUAAUUUUUGGAUUGAUCCUGAAAGUCCUUUAAGGUUGGAUGGCGUUAUAUCAAUAACGUGUCCUUCGGUAAUAAAAGCUGUUUUAGAUCAUAGUGUUUCUGACAGCACAUCGCAGUGUAGUUUGUCUGUGAAAGAUAAUACAACUCCUGUAUUGAUGGAGACUUGUAGUGCCGUUUCUCUUAUGGAAAAUGGUGACAACCGUGAUACAGGUCAGCCGACGGACCGUCGCUUUGGUCUUUUGGGUAAGGAUUCCAUUGACAGUCGGCGAAUGGUAGAGCUCAUGCGGAAGCAAUUGAGUGUUGCUGACGUUAUAAUCAUUAACAAGUCUGAUCAGUUGGAUGUUGAUCGUACAUCUUGUGUAGAUCCUAGCACACUAUCGCAAUCUAUAGAUUCUUUAUCUCACAUAUUAACUCGCUUUGAGAGUUUACUGCUUGAGAUGAAUCCGGGUGCACGUGUAUUGAAAGCUACAUAUUGUAAUGUUGACUUGUCGGCAGUGAUGGACCUUAACAUGCUGGACAGUUCACGCAUAAUGUCGUUUCUUGAUGACAAGGUUCAUGGUCACCAUCAUGAGCACACUGCAUCUACGUCUAAUGUUUUUAUUAAGACCGUUGGAGUUUACUCACUGCGCAAGGUCAAUGAUUUCAUAUCUCAACUUCUUUGGGAGUCAGGGACAACGUUCUAUCGCUGCAAGGGUAUAUUUUCAGCCGUCGAGGAUUGCGAUUUACUUGGUCAUUCGGGUGGUAGCACUGCUGUGUUUCAGCUUCAAGGGGUUGGGAUGAUGUUCGAGAUAACAUCGACUGAUCUUGUUGGUGUUGAAGAGAAUCGCUUUCUGUUUAUUGGUGAGAAUCUUGAUAUCGAUACCAUUAGCAAUGGGCUGCAACUAGCCCCUCAGCAGUGAUCAACAUUUUUUAUAAACCCCUUGUUUAUGUAAAA